AUGGCUGUCACUUGGAACUCAGAGGCCAACGCGAAACUUUUCCUCGGCGUUUUGACCCAGCUUAGAAACCAAAGUAUCAAGCUUGAUUACACCGCACUAGCAGAUUGUGUGGGUCAGGGAUGCACCGUGCGAGCCGUGCAACAGCAGAUGGACAAACUCAGAAAGCAGGUCUCCGACGGCACCAGUAACCCCGGAACCCCCGUCAGCACACCCCGAAAGAAGGCUACGGCUGCUGCCAGCAGUGGUCCCUCCAGUCAGGCUCUUCUGUCUGCCAAGCGCAAGGCGGCCCGCAUCGCGAAGCCAAAGACUCCGACCAAGAAGAGCAAGAGUGUGUCCAAGGUUGUGAGCAAGGCGAGCAGUGAGGAUGACAGCGAGGACGACAGCGAGGAGGAUGCGAAGCCGAUCUUCAAGGGAGAAGACAGUGAGGAGGAUGCAGAGACUAUUGUCAAGGGGGAGGAUAGUGAUGGCAGCGAUAAGACCUACGCCUGA